UUCACGUGCAUCUACUCUCUACUCCUCCUCCUCCUCCUCCUGUCCGGUCGGCGCCAUCGCUCUGAUCGGGAAGUGCAUCCAUCUCCCAGCGCGCGCGCGACGCCGCCGCUGCUGCUGCUGCCGCUCCCGUUAGUGCGGUCCCUGCGCACGCGCUACACAGCGACUACACCAACCAAGACAAGACAAGACAAGAAGGAGGCAGAAGUUGGAGACCGAGACGGAAGCAGGAUGCGCGUGCUGCUCGGUGUCCCGACUCCCAUCUUCCUCCUCAUCGUGUACGGAUUGUGUCCCUCUAUGACGAUCGGGCCGAAGGAGGGCUGGCAGGUGUACAGUUCAGCUCAGGAUGCAGAUGGUCGCUGUAUCUGCACUGUAGUGGCCCCGGAGCAGAACCUCUGUUCCAGAGAUGCUAAGAGUAGACAGUUACGUCAACUGCUGGAAAAGGUCCAGAACAUGUCGCAGUCGAUUGAAGUGCUGAACCUGCGCACUCAGCGAGACUUCCAGUACGUCAUGAAGAUGGAGAACCAGAUGAAGGGCCUCCGGACAAAGUUCAGACAGAUCGAGGAAGACCGCAAGACCAUCAUGGCCAGAAACUUCAAGGAGCUGAAGGAUCGAAUGGAUGAGCUGCAGCCUUUAAUCCCUGUGCUGGAGCAAUACAAAACAGACACUAAGCUCAUCUCGCAGUUCAAAGAGGAGAUCAGGAACCUGUCGGCCGUGCUGACUGGGAUCCAGGAUGAGCUGGGGGCAUACGAUUAUGACGAACUUUACCACCGAGUGAUGAGUCUCGAGAGCCGUCUGCGCAGCUGCAUGAGCAAACUUACAUGCGGCAAAUUAAUGAAAAUCACAGGACCCGUGACCAUAAAAACGUCAGGCACGCGGUUCGGCGCAUGGAUGACCGACCCAAUGACAUCUCCAAGAAACAACCGAGUCUGGUACAUGGACACGUACACCAACAGCAAGGUGGUGCGAGAGUACAAAUCUAUGGAAGAUUUUGUCUCAGGUCAAGAGUCUCGAACAUACUACCUGCCAUUUAAAUGGGCAGGGACCAAUCAUGUUGUGUAUAAUGGAUCGCUAUACUACAACAAGGAGCAAAGCAACAUCGUGGUCCGUUACAGCUUUGAGACUGGCCGUGUACUGGCUCAGCGAGCACUCGAGUACGCCGGCUUCCACAAUGUCUACCCAUACACCUGGGGAGGCUUCUCAGACAUUGAUCUAAUGGCUGAUGAGAUGGGGCUGUGGGCUGUCUAUGCCACUAACCAGAAUGCAGGCAAUGUUGUGAUUUCCCAUUUAGAGCCUGAGACGUUGGAGCCUCUUAGCACCUGGAACACGGAGUACUCAAAACGCAAUGCUGGCGAGUCGUUCAUGAUCUGUGGAACGCUCUACGUUACCAACUCGCACCUUACUGGGGCAAAGGUCUACUAUUCCUAUGACACAAAGACAUCCACCUAUGAGUAUGUGGACAUCCCUUUUCACAACCCGUACUUCCACAUCUCCAUGCUUGACUACAAUGCUCGCGAGAGAGCGCUCUAUGCCUGGAACAAUGGCCACCAGGUUAUCUUCAAUGUUACGCUCUACCAUGUGAUCAAAACUGAAGACGACUCAUAAAGACACAACAGAAAGUCUCUGUGGCUGUGAAAGUUUUUUCCUGUUUGCCUGGAACAGUGGUCAUCUUCAGUGUCAUGUUCUACAAUGUUAUUCAUAAAAAAGACAAAGAGAGGGGUGGAGGUGUUCCAGGGCCACGACAAAAUCUUCUUGUUUUCCCGGAACAGGAUCCACCAGGUCAUCUUCAACAUCACGCGCAAGCACGUUAUCAAAUUCAACACGGGACGAAGAGGUCAGUGGCUAUGACGUGAUUUUCUCAAGGCCAAUUUUAAACUUUCAAGUAUCAAAAAACUAGUGCAAGAUAUAAAAACUAUUUUAAAAACAGGGAAGAAGAGUCCAGUGGCUAUCACAGGAUUUUCUUGUUUACCUGGAACAACAGGUAUCUGGUCUUAAAUGUCAGAACUAGCCACAUCAGCAAAAAUCAGCACUAUUCUUGACGAGUGAAGUGGAUAUGCGGACACCGUUUUCUCAUUCUGCCACAUCAUCAAAACUGAGAAAGUUCUCAGUCUUAGCAAGCACUCUAUUCUAGUCACAGCUGCUCCAGAGCCCAUGCAGAAAGACUAAGUGUAAGGCAGGAAAACACCCUGGGUGGACAUGCAUUUAUAGGUAGGGGCAAGUCAGCCAAGCUGAGGAGGGAGGAACUGAGAGAACCUGAAGGAAACAAAGAGAACAUGUGAAAAACCACACUCAUAAAGACAAAUUUUUUUUAACAAGAUGGAGGAGUAACAACAAACAGCAAGGUUGACCGAGUCAUGGUCAACGUUACUCCUCCACCACAUUCCCUUCACAAAACUGAAGACUGACUUUUUUGUUCAGCUAGAUCAGGGGUCAUCAACCUGCUGACCAUGGUCCAGAUACAGAUGCAGCAGAACUGAAAAAAAAGAAACUAAUUAAGUAGUGACCAAUCACUUGCAAAUGAUUUAGCUGAAGGCAGCUCUGUUAAGCAGAGACUAGCUACAAGCUGAGGGACAUCAGCUCAGAACCCAGAGCGAUUUCACAGAUAUUUCUUUAUUUUAUUUACUCUCUCUGGUUUAAUUAGUGAAGUAGUAGAUGAUGGAUUAGAAUUAAAAGGUAAGUUGAACACCCCUGAUUUAGCGCAACAGAACAUGUCGUCUUUGCUGCCACACUUUACCACAUCAUGUAAACUAGACGAUUCAUACACAUGAUUUCUAAACCCCUGGAGGAGUCAGGCCACUGCAGCAUGAUGUUCCUGUUCACAAGGAACAGUAGCCUCCAUUAACCAAACCGAGUGGUAAAGGUGAGGAGGAAGAGGAGCUUAGUGGGUACAAUCUGCUUUUAUUAUUAUUUGCGAGCCACCAGUUCAUCUUCAACCACCUUAUCAUUGAAUCUGAAGAAAAGAAAAUGGAGCAGGAGGAUACAAUGUGAUAAACAGAAUGAUAAAUGGACCUCAUUUGACAAGAGACAAAUGAAAUUUGAAUAAGAGACAAAUGGAAUAACAAAAAGAAGUAAUGUUCUGGUGAAUUAAUGGACAAGAAUGGUUUUACUGAAUGGAAGAAGGAAUGAAGUGAAUGGUGUUGAAUUCUUUCAGAUGUCUAUGCUGAUGAUCAUGCCUUACCACCAUUUCUUUUAUGCAGUUUCUGAAAACUUUUUAGGUUUCCUGCAUGAAUGUUGACCUUUUUUGUUCAGUGGAAUUUAUUAUUGUCUGUGUUAAAAAAAUGUCUCGUGGAAUACAUUUUUAAUAACCAGUUCAGUCCUAUUUGGCAAGAAGCUGAUUGUGUUCAUUUGUAUAAAGCCUCAUGACCUUCUUCUAAAUAUGAACUGAAUGUGAACCUUC